AUGAACGACGCGUGCAAGAUUUCAGAGACAAAUGACUCUUAUCUAUUUUUGCAAAUACUUUCUCACUGGAGACGAAACAGGUUAAGCCUGGAAAACGCUAUUUAUGAUGUUGAAGACCGAGCUGAAGAAGCAGUGUCGAUUGCCCAACAAGCUACCUAUGAAGUCAAUAAACUCACUGAUGAACUAGAAAAAGAACGGCAACGGAUCCACCAACUUGAAGAGCAAGUCAAACAGAAUAAAGCCGAAGCCGUGCGAGCCAAUGAAAGAAUUGACAAUCUUUUAAAACUUCAACAAUUAACUGGCUUCACCAAGGAAGAAUUAGCUUUUGCCAAAAUGGAAAAAGCUCCAACUCAAAGCCGAAGAGACUAA